AUGGACCUCGAUGCCGAAAUCGAUCAUGUGGACAGAGUCCGAUCAAGUCUGGCAGAAAACCCGACUCUUACUGCAUCGCAAGAGAAUACCCUUUCAACCAUAAUCGAUCUCAUCAAAGAGGAUCCUGUACAACGCAAAAAACACUCUGAAGCUACGCGAAGUAGGCGCAAAUCUGCUCUUGCAUUAUUGUCAACCAUUAACAGCCACCUCGGUGGCGUGGUCCUCUUUCUCUGCAGCACCGCAUUGUCCAUUACCAAGCUCUACAGGAUCAAUCAACACGACAUUAAAUUUAUGUCCAAAUUAGAAGCCUGGGAUAAGCGUGUCAAAUUCACCGAUGCUGUUGUUAGCCUGGCGCACAAAUACUUUACACCCAGUCUACUCUCGCGCCUAAGUAUUAACUCGAUUGCUAUUAUCCUGACCUGGUUAUUGACCGUCUGCGCUGUUCUAGACUCCGAUGAAGCUCGUACUACGCAUACAAACCGAAGAGCUUAUUCCGCAAGUCGUGUAACUAAGCGGCCUCGAACCGAUCCAACUUCAAUCGAGCACGUAGCUGUUCCAAGUUAUCAUGGCGUCCUAGAUCUCGCGAAGCACCAACCAUUGAGCAAAACAGCGACCGAUGAUUAUAAUGAUGGCGGCUGUAGUGACAAUAGCGAUGACACAGAGGGAAGUGAGGACAGUGACGAGAGCGACUCGGGAAAACGACCAGCUGCGGAGGUUUUUGUAGAUAACCCCCAUACAACGGUCGACGAUGAUGUACAACUUUACUCGAAUGUCUACGAGUUGCAAGAUAUGGAUGUUAUUCGCGUUGUCGCCAACCAACGUGAAGACUUUGUAGCUCGUCUGACUGUACCGCAUUUACCCGACGCUACGCCAUUCAUUACAAUCAAUUGUCCGCGUACUUUAGCAAUCGAAUUUUUAACCAGGCGAAAACAAGUCAACUGGUAG